UGUGUGUUUGUGUUUAAGACUUUAAACGCGUUUUCUACAAAUUAACGAGAAAGAAACUCAAGGACGGGAGCGGAGGGUUACAGUGAACAUCGGUGGAGACGCCCACCGGCCUCAUAACGGAGCCGGAUUUAUAACGUGCGGAGUUUACGGGCAGUUAAAACGGUUCCGUCGAGUCAAGGUUAACACAUCAGCCAACAGUUGCACCGUUAAACGACAUGCUCGGUAAAUACGACGAGUCCUGGAUAGGAUUAACUCUGUAGUGAUGCUGAGAGAGAAAACAGGAUACUCUUCCCAUAAGGUGUCAGAGGGUAAACACGUCUCUGAGAAGAUGGUAAAAAAUAAGAAAAAAACUGGAACGCGUCCCAAUCACUCUUACACAUGCAAGAUUAAAAAAGAUGCCUCCCGAAUUGCGAGCAGCAAGGACCGGACUCCUCCAGAUGACCCAGCCGACAGUGACAAGCCUCCUAUUCCUCCAGAGCUUCAGAUGAACAGCCAAGGUCAGCCGGGCUUUUCAGACAGAGUCUUUCUGCUGGCCUCAGUCGUGUUCCAGAACAUCCACCUGGAGAAGCCCGCUGCCCGCUGUUUGGUGAAUUAUGGCAAAAAGAGAGGGCUCCCAUUACCCGAGUUCACAGAUGAAGAGAUGCGACGUACAGCUUAUGAGCUGACCUUCAAUACACUUAAAUAUCAAGAUCUGGUGGAGUACAUCAUCACUGACAGCCGCUUUUACCUUACUCAUCCAGUGCCAAAUGAUCAGAUGAGCCUUGUUGCCGUCAUGCUCUAUGACUUCCAGGCGAGAAAGUUCCUCCCGAGGAAAUCCCGGGGGAACAAGGAGAUCAUACAGGAAGUCAGAGAUGUGGAAAACUACCUCCUCAGGUUUAAGACCAAGCUGGCAGUCUCACUGGCCCGCUACAGGAUCAAACAUGACCUCUGCUCUAUUGAAUGUAUCCUGCCGGAGAUUGUGAGGACGAAGCAGGAGAGAUCAAGAAGUCUUCCACUUUACGCAUGGAUCAACACACUGAAGGGCAGCCUUGAUGAGGUCCAAUGUGUGCUGAAGAGUGCAGGCUUCUCAAAGGUGAAAUCGAUUGGGCAGCUGGAGGGCCAGACCUUCUGCCAGGAUGCCCACUGUGGGGAUGCACUGGUAUUCCCUGCUCAUCUCAAGGCUCAGCUGUAUUCCACCAAGCUGCUCAGCGACCACAAACUCAUUAUCCAGGAUAAAUCUUGCAGCCUGGGCCCAAAUGCAGUAUGCUCCUUGCUACCGGAGGAAGGAGAUGUUCUUAUGGUGGGCUGCUUCUCUGACCUCACUGUCUCCCACACUGCUUCCCUAAUUGCCGAGAAACAUAAAGCCAUCAGCAACAACCAGCCUACAGUCUAUGUUUGUGUCAACAAUCAUACAAGCGCUCAGAGGGAGGAGCUACAGCAGGCCAUCACUGCCAUGGACUGCAAAAAUGUGAAGCUGAUACCGGAAGACUUCCUGUCUUUGGAGAGAUGUGACAAGCGACUUCAGAAGGUGUGCAUCAUCCUGUUGACCCCCAAGUGUUCUAUGUCUGCAGUCAGCAACCCGAUCGAAUUCAUACUGCAGGAGAAUGGAGACACAGACCUGCUGCAGGACUUAUCCCAGGGCUCCAUAGCCCAGAGCAAACUGGAUGCUCUGGUGGCCCAGCAGAGGAAAGAUAUUGAUCACGCCUUGAAGUUCCCAAAGGUUUUGGCAGUGGUAUACACUACCUGUUCGUCAUACCCAGAGGAGAAUGAAGAGGUGGUGCGCAGAGCUCUGGAGCAAGCCAAUGCCAACUCAGAGCAGGAGGGGGACCCAAAACAACAUAACUUCAGGCUUAGUCCAUCCCCGUUCAGCGUUCUUGACCAUGCUGAUGGCCAAAGGAAAACAGACCCCUUCUUCAUAUUGGAGCCUUCGGAAGAAAGCAAUGGCUGCUUUCUCGCUGUUCUCGACAGAGAGCCCAAGCCAGAGUUCAAGGAGCCACCGCAUGAAGUGAUUCUAAGGGCAAAUGCCAAAGGCAUACUGGACAGGAUUGGUUCCAAUCAAAAGCUAACCAGGAAAGAGCAGCAUGGUCAUACCAACAGGACGACAAAAACAACCCAUGCUGGCACCUCUCAGCCAAACCUCUGUGUCAGUAUUCAGUCCAAAAACCAAGAACUCAAGGGCAGCAAAAGUACUACUACUUUGUGUGGACAGCAGGAAUGGCGGCAGUCUUCACAAGGAAAAACCAGAGCACUGAACUUGCAGGGCGUAAAGAACACAGUGUCCAGCUCCCUUUCUUCCUCCAAACAAGAAAACAGCACAACCAAGAAAAGCACCCCUGCAUUCGACACUGUCACUUCUGACACGACCCUACAUCCACCUGCUCCUCCUACUACCCCACUGGCCCCGGUUGUUCGACCCCGCAGAGCUCAUAAGGAGGUGCGGAAGCCUGUGGUGCUCACACUGCCUCAAAUUUACUUCCCCAGCUUCUUCCCGCCUCAGCCGAGCCGACAAAGAUUCUGCCACAGCUUCAGCUACGACAAGUGGAGGGCCCCAGCUCAAACUGUACCCCUCUCCCAUUCCAGUGGUAGUUUCUCCAAGGAUGCUUUGGUCAGAUCCCGUCCUCUGUUUUAAGCUUAUAAACAUCAACACAAAUAUAAAAGAAGUAUUAACCUUUGUGCCAAAUGCUUAUCCAAAUAAAGUCAGCAGUAUUGAAAUUCAAAAACAGAAAUGUGUGUAGUGUUUUUGAACUGCCAACUGACCGUACAUAGAACAUGCUGAAACUUAAGUCACCUUAAAUUCUUCUACAUCCAGUAUUGUUAUAAUUAAAAUGUCAUUAUUACAAUGUCUUUGUGAAAAUAAAGAACAACCUUGCCACAGUCAGAAU